UCACCCCCAUAGAAAGAAAGAAAGAAAGAAAGAAACCCCCAUUAAUUCAUUCAUAGAAGAAGACGACGACGGCUGCAGCAAAAACUCAGUAGCAGAGAGCUUAAACCUCCUCCAUUGAUUGAUCCUCUCCCGGCCGGGUCAUGCCAUUGCGAGCUACCACCGCCUUACUCGUUCUUUGCUCCAAUGCCUCCUCCGCUCUGCUGCAACUUCGACCCAUGCUCUGUUAGUGUUACCCUCUGCUGCUCGUCACUGCAGAACUGCUCGAAGUAGAAGAAGAGAAUAAGAAGAAGAAGAAAAUUAUUACAUGGAUCCGUGCCCUUUUGUCCGCCUCACCGUCGGGGGCCUCGCCCUCAAGAUCCCGGUGGCGGCGAAGCCCGCUCACUCCGUCGUCCACCCGACCUCCACCCCCUGCUUCUGUAAGAUCAAGCUCAAGCACUUCCCCCUCCAGACCGCUCCCGUCCCCACCACCGAUCCCGCCCACUCCAACCCCCAUGCCACAGACUCCUCCCUCCCCACGGCUGCCGUCUUCCACCUCGGUCGCUCCGACCUCGCCCGGCUCUCCGCGAGCUCCAUCUUCCCCGGCGCUGGGUGCCGCCUCCGGGUCUCCAUCUACACCGGCCGGCGGGGGACCACCUGCGGCGUGAGCUCGGGCAGGCUGCUGGGGAAGGUGUCGGUUCCGCUGGACCUCUCCGGUGUGGAGUCCAAGGCCUGCGUGUUCCACAACGGGUGGGUCGCCGUCGGGAAGGGGGGAUCCGGCACGGCGCAGUUCCACCUUACCGUGAAGGCGGAGCCGGACCCCCGGUUCGUGUUCCAGUUCGACGGAGAGCCGGAAUGCAGCCCUCAGGUGUUCCAGAUCCAAGGCAGCAUCCGGCAGCCCGUCUUCACCUGCAAGUUCAGUUUCCGUUCCACCAGUGACCGGAAUCACCUCUCAAGAUCUCUACCGGCUGAGCCGAGUUGCUCGAGGAGCUGGCUCAGCUCGUUCGGAAGCGAAAGGGAGAGACCCGGGAAGGAACGCAAGGGUUGGUCUCUCACCGUCCAUGACCUCUCCGGUUCGCCCGUAGCUACAGCUUCUAUGGUGACCCCUUUUGUUGCCUCCCCUGGCUCGGACCGUGUUAGCCGGUCCAAUCCCGGGUCCUGGCUCAUUUUACUGCCCGGCGACGGCACCUGGAAACCCUGGGGCCGGCUCGAGGCCUGGCGCGAACGAGGCUCCUCCGACGGGCUCGGCCUCCGGUUUGAGCUGAUCCCCGAGUCCGCCGGCGCUGGCGUGGUCUUGGCGGAGUCCACCUUAAGCUCGCAGAAAGGCGGGAAGUUCAUGAUCGACCUUGUCGGACCAGCAGCCUCAGGGAACGGGCGGGGGACUCCAGUGAGCGCAACUUCCCCAGUCUGCAGCCCGAGGGGCAGCGGCGACUACGGCAACUCCCUCUGGCCCUUCUGCGCGUACAGGGGGUUCGUGAUGUCGGCGCGCGUGGAGGGGGAGGGAAAAUGCAGCAAGCCUGCGGUGGAGGUUAGCGUCCAGCACGUGGGUUGCUCCGAGGACGCGGCAGCCUUCGUGGCCCUGGCGGCAGCAGUGGACCUGAGCAUGGACGCAUGCCGCCUCUUCUCCCAGCGGCUGAGGAAGGAGCUGUACCCGGGCCACGACUUGGUCGGCUGAUGAGACCGAAGACGCAUCGCUGUUUUGUCCUUUAUUUUCUUUCCCUUAUUCGAUGGUUUUUGAGAUCCGUCGCUGUAAGGGUUUCUUUCCGUGAUUUUUUUUUCUUUAUUUCCAAAAUCUCGCUGCUAACAAAAAAUUGGAACUUUGUACAGUGUGAGAGAGGGGGAGAUUAGGUGACGGUCGGGCAAGCUCUGUUGUUUUAGUGGUGUGGCUUGUUUCCAUUUAUUUCUCACAAGGAAAUAUUGGAUUUUCUCUUUUGAGAUUUAUUCUUGUUUGUAGCAUUGUGCCUUUCACCUUAUUUAUUUAUUUAUUUAUUUAUUUCUUU